AUGAUACUCCCAACCCAAAAUGAUACUCCCAACCCCAAUCUUGACUUUUUUACGAGCGUAGCUCGGAUAGAAGGUUAUUGUAAUACGUUUGCUAUUGUAGAGAGGACUGUUGAUAUUGCACGGGGUAUACUAUCAAGUGAGAAUCCGGACGAUGUGGCGCGCUUAGUGAGUUCCAGCAUUGUUGGUGGGAUUCCGUAUAAAACUUGUGAUCUCUCGUAUAGUAUUCUGUCUUUUGUUGACACGUAUACUCUAUAUCGUGGACGCGGAGGGAGAUGGUUCCAGCGGAGUUGUCGUUUGAUCGAAGUAGCAUUGUUUAUCUGUGGAGUCGGAUUUGCAGUAUUGGCUUGUGCUGCUGGUGGUGGCUAUGUGGGAGCAUUGAUGCGUAUUUUAGAUGAUGAUGAUGAUGUAGAAGAGGAGGAUCAGUGA